UCCUUCGCGCUGUCGCUCCGCGUGCCGACGAACUACCCGUUCCGGCCGCCGUCGGUCUACUGCCUCACGCGCGUCUGGCACCCCAACGUCUGCGUCGACGGCGGCCGCGUGUCGCACCCGCUGCUGGACCGCGACUGGAAGCCCGUGCUUUCCAUCAACACGGUCAUCUUCGGGCUCCAGCUCCUCUUCCUCGAGCCCAACCCGGAGCACGCGGCCAACGGCGCGGCGGCGCGGGCGCUGCUCGCGGACCGCAACGGCUUCGCGGCCCAGGUCCGCGAGACCAUGCGCGGCGGCACCUUCCUGGGCUACGAGUUCCCGCGC